AUGGCGACUCCUCUCGAAACCAGUGUUAUCUUAGCGGGAGAUGAGAUUAGACCUUAUCGCAUCCAUGUAUCAAGCAAAUAUCUUGAUCUCACAAAACAAAAGCUAGAGCUGACGAGGCUGCCCCAUGAGACUGUAGAGCCCAAGUCCCAGGAUUGGUGGGAGCCCAAACAACAGAUCGAGCCUCUGAUCGAUUUUUGGCUUGAAAAGUAUGACUGGCGAGAGCAAGAGAGGCUUUUCAACGCUCAACUCCCUCAGUUCCGCACAGCAGUAUCCAUACCCGGUUCAGAGUCUUCCAUCCGGCUUCACUUCAUCCACGUCAGGUCGCCUCACGACCAUGCCGUCCCUCUUUUACUGAUACCCCCUUUUCCUUUCACUAAUCUCUCACUCGGGCACCUCAUCCAGCCUUUCACCGAGCCAGAGAAUCCCGAGACUCAGCAACCCUUUCAUUUGGUCAUUCCUUCUCUUCCUGGCCUCGGCUUCAGCGAUGCGCUCCCAAGCAACACACCCGUGAUCUCGGCUGCUGCCGAGAUCCUUAAUGUUGUCAUGUCGAGGCUUUCAUACACAUCCUAUCUUGUCUCGAACACUGCCUCAGCAGCUUCGAGUCCCGCAGAGAUCGACUGGAAGCUCGCCAACUACCUGGCCACCCACUACUCUGGCAGUUGCGCGGGUGCUCACUUUAUCAACCCUUCUAUCACGGCACCGACUCUCAAAGAAGCCCCUUUGGAAUGGAUGAAGUGGACCAUCGCUAAGCUCUUCCGCGCCCCCGUUCUUGGGUAUCAGAACGAGGACUUUCGUUCUCUGGACCGUGUUCAAUCCAAUCCGGAAUCACGCGCAUCAAAGUCGUCACCAAAACUCGGUCCAAACACCAUCAUGGAGCCAAACACGCCGUCUUUCGCCCUCUGUGACUCGCCGGUCGGGUUACUCGCCCUCGUCCUCAAAGUCAUCCGUAUCUUGGGGACCACAAGGGACUUUUCGCCCACCGAGAUCAUCACCUUCACCCAGACAGCGUGGCUCCCCGGCCCGGAGGCAGCGAUGCGCUUCUGGGCGCAUUGCCUCGCCCAUGACGAAAAGCAGCUCCCGAAACCGGCGACGAAGCCUAGAGUUGCAAUCACGGUAUUCUCUGGAGACGACGGGGGAACACGGCCACCCGACGCCGAGACGCGAACUAUCUCGCCUCGUCCGGCGCCAAGUUCAUACGCUUGCCCUGCGUGGGCCAACGUUCUGUAUAACGUGGUUCACACGCAUCGAGCGCCGGGAAACCCGGGUUUGGUCGCCUGGGACUCUCCCGAGCACAUCCUGGACGGAAUCAGAGGACUGUCCAAGGGGUUGCUGUCCAUCGGUAGCAAGUUAAAGACCUCAAGCAGCCAGCCUGGCACUGAGCCGUUGCAGGGGGUUGUAAUCCAGUCCGAUUCUGCGCCAGCGCCAGGCUCAAACCAGGCGGUGCGCACGCCGGGACCGACGGAGGUCAUGCCUUCCACACCGCAGGCCGAGGCCUCGUGGCGCCUCGAGCGGAUACGCGAGGCUUCGGAGACGCCCGGCAAGUCGCAGAAGGACGGCGGGGGAGCCGACGCGGACUUUGACCAGGCGAGUCCGGAUACUAUUGUAGUUACCCCUCCGGGCAAUUGA